CUAAAAAUGGAAGAGAAAGGCCCUGCAAACGGGAGAGAUGAUCGUGAUUAUACGGAAGAUGGAACAGUGGAUCUUAAAGGAAGACCUAUUUUAAGAUCAAACACUGGCAAAUGGAGAGCUUGUGGCUUCAUUGUAGGGUACGAGGUGUUUGAGAGGAUGGCAUAUUAUGGAAUAGCAUCAAAUCUAGUGGUGUUUUUGACAAAUAAACUGCAUGAAGGGACUGUAGCAUCAUCAAACAGUGUUACCAACUGGAUAGGCACUGUUUGGAUGUUGCCUAUUUUAGGUGCUUAUAUUGCAGAUGCUCAUCUUGGCCGAUUUUCGACUUUUUCCAUUGCAUCUGCCAUUUAUCUCUCGGGAAUGGUCCUGCUAACCCUAGCAGUGUCACUACCAGCACUAAGACCAUCACCUUGCGGUGCCAACAUAAAAGAAGAGGACUGCACCAUAAAAGCUACACCUCUUCAAAAGGGUGUCUUCUACGGAGCACUAUACAUAAUCGCAGCCGGCACCGGCGGAACCAAGGCCAACAUUUCCACGAUGGGAGCAGACCAAUUCGAUGACUUUGAACCCAAGGAAAGGACCCAAAAGCUCUCGUUCUUUAACUGGUGGAUGUUCAGCAUUUUCUUCGGAACCCUUUUUUCAAACACGUUCUUGAUUUAUAUUCAAGAUAAUGUUGGUUGGAGCGUCGGGUAUGGUCUUCCGACCGUUGGAUUAGCUGUUGCGAUCGCUGUGUUUUUGGUCGGGACUCCGUUUUAUAGGCAUAAGUUGGCUGGUGGAAGUCCGUUUACGAGGAUAGCUCAAGUGGUUGUUGCUGCUGUAAGGAAGCGAAGUGUUGUUGUGUCGAAUGAUCCUAAGGAGCUUCAUGAGCUUAGUCUUGAGGAGUACUCUAAGUUAAAGAAAUUCAGAAUUGAUCACACCCAUUCUCUAAGAUUCUUAGACAAAGCUGCAGUGAAGAGCACAAACUCAACUUCACCAUGGAUGCUAUGUCCAGUGACACAAGUAGAAGAAACUAAGCAAAUCAUGAAAAUGCUCCCAGUUUUGCUAAUCACAUUCUUACCAAGCACAAUGUAUGCACAAAUCCACACACUAUUCAUCAAACAAGGCACCACUUUAAACAGAAAAAUGGGACCUCAUUUCGAAUUCCCACCAGCUUGUCUAACUGCAUUUGUCACAAUCUUCAUGCUCAUAAGCUUAGUCUUGUACGACCGCUACUUCGUUCCGUUCGCGCAACGCUACACGAAAAACCCUAGAGGGAUCACAUUGCUACAAAGAAUGGGAAUAGGCUUUGUUCUGCAUGUGAUUAUAAUGGUCACAGCUUGUUUAGCUGAAAGAAGAAGACUUAGUGUUGCUCAUGAACAUAAUAUUACUGAAAAAAAGGGUAUCGUUCCGCUUAGUGUUUUCAUACUUCUGCCUCAAUUUGCUUUGAUGGGUGUUGCUGAUACUUUUGCUGAAGUUGCAAAGUUGGAAUUUUUCUAUGAUCAAGCACCAGAGGGUAUGAAGAGCUUAGGGACUUCGUAUUUUACUAGUAGUUUAGGAAUUGGGAAUUUCUUGAGUAGUUUUCUGCUGAAAACUGUUGCUGAUUUGACUAAAAGAAAUGGUCAUAAAGGGUGGAUUUUGGAUAAUUUGAACAUUUCUCAUCUGGAUUACUAUUAUGUUUUAUUGACUAUCUUGUUGUUCAUCAACUUUCUAGUUUUCUUGGUAGUAGCUAAGUUUUUCGUUUACAAUAUCGACGUGGACGCCAAAAAAGAUUUGCAGGAAGCCAUUGAAGCUUCAUAAAAGAAGCUUCAUACCCAGGAUUGCUGAUGGUCAUUCCUUGUUUGUAAAUCUUCAUAAAUAUAAUACAUAUUACAGAA